AUGUCUGAUGCUCAGUUUAGACUUCCAUCAUUUACUUUAUUCAGAAAUGAUCGUGCUAACAGAAGUGGAGGAGGAGUAGCCUUGUACAUUCGGAGUUCACUUUCAACAAAAGUUGUUCUUUGCUCUACAUAUAUUCAAAAUCAUCCGGAAUAUCUUCUCAUGGAGGUAUGGCUAUCUUCAAGGCAGAAAAUUCUGGUUGGUGUUGUUUACAACCCGCCGUUAUCUGACUCACUGAGUAUACUUGAGUCUGAUCUGGAUGAUGUUAUGCCUCAUUACAAUCAUGUCAUUCUACUUGGUGAUUUCAAUAUCAAUAUGAAUGUUGUCAGCCCAAAAUCAGAUGGAUUUAUGGAAUUCUGUGGAUGUCUAGGAAUGGACUUACUUAACUUUAAGGAUACUCAUCAUAAUGCUAACAGUCAUUCAUGGAUAGAUCAUUGUUUAGUUAGUAAUUUGGACUUCGUUUUAUCAUCAAGACAAUCUUCUGAGCCAUUUCUUGCUGAUCAUGACCUGAUUUCACUUCAGUAUGAUUACAAAGUGCCGAUUUCUAAUCGGAACAAAUUUUGGUGUCGCAAUUGGUCUAGGAUUGAUGAUGACUAUCUACAGCAAUUAUGCUCAAGUUUAGAUCUCUCAUAUCUUAUUGAUAGUGAGUCUGUUGAUACUAUGAAUAUUUAUUUACAUGAACAUAUUAGAGAUGUUGUUGAAGAAGUUGCACCGCUAAGAGAAAUCAAUGUUCGAGAGAAACCUGCACCAUGGAUUAAUAGUGAUAUCAAGACACUACAGCGUCGAAGAUCGAGGCUUUAUAGAAUCUUCAUAAGAUCGGGAUUUGCGUUUAAAGAGUAUGUCAAUUUGCGUAAAGUGAUUAAGACUAGAAUUAUGAAGGCCAAGCAAAAUUACUUUGAUCAGCGUUUUCGGGACCGAACGAAUGCGAAAUCCUUUUGGAAUGAUUUGCGUAAACUAGGUUUAGUUAAGGGUUCUGAUUCAACUGUCAAUCCAAAUAUAGAUCUAGAAGAACUAAAUAAUUAUUUUGUUAAUGCGGCUGGAGAUCCUUUAGAUUUAAUUGAUUAUGAGUAUUUAGAUAGAGUAGUGCCAAAAUAUCAUAGUUCUUUCACAUUUAAGUCUAUUAACUGUAAUAUUGUCAAAGAAGCAAUCAUGAGGAUAGCUUCUAGCUCGAUGGGUCCUGAUGGAUGUUUUCCAUCGGCCUGGAAGCGCUCUUAUGUUGUACCAUUACCUAAGGUUCACAGUCCAACUAAUUAUUCAGAUUAUAGACCAAUUUCGUUGACAUGGAUGGCCGCAAGAAGCUUCGACUUCAUGGCCAAUUAA